AUGUCUUUCCUCCGUAUCGCCGCCCGUGGCCCCACGGCCUCGACCUUCUUCCGUGCAACCACCCUGCGGACCACCGCCGCCCGUCCUCUGGUCGCAGCCCGCCCUAGCUUCAGCACCUCCUCGCGUCUGCGAGCCGAGCACCACGAGGAGUCGUUCGAGGAGUUCAGCGACAGAUACGAGAAGGAAUUCGACAGCGUCCAGGAUGUUUUCGAGCUCCAGCGCAACCUGAACAACGCUUUCGCCUACGAUCUGGUCCCCUCUCCUUCCGUCUGCACGGCCGCGCUGAGGGCCGCCCGGAGGGUGAACGACUUCCCUACUGCCGUGCGCAUCUUCGAGGGCAUCAAGUCCAAGGUCGAGAACAAGGAGCAGUACCAGCAGUACCUCACCGAGCUCGAGCCCCUGCGCAAGGAGCUCGGCGUCCUGCUCAAGGAGGACCUGUACCCCGAGGAGACGGCCUAG